AUGAUACCUGACUGGGAGAACGAAAUAAGGUCGUUUACGCUGACAAAAUCCGCGAACAGUUCCUCUCGUGCUUAUGGAUUUUAUUUUGGAAUUCUCUGUUCCCUUCCGCAGCUGAUCCUCCUGUUGGGCGCCCUCACGGCCCUGGCCUCCGCCGUGCCCCGUCCCGACACUCCUCCCGUCUACGGCCCUCCUCACCCGACCUACAAGCAGCCAGGAAUGCCGUUCGACUUCAGCUACGCCGUCAGGGACUACUCGGGCAACGACUACGCCCAUCAGGAGACCAGCGACGGUCACGUCACCUCCGGAUCGUACAGAGUGGCUCUUCCCGACGGCCGAACCGAGAUCGUGGAAUUCAACGCCGAUCACGACAACGGCUACGUCGCCAACGUCGCCUACGAAGGGGAGGCCUCCUACCCCGCUCCCGCCCCCUCCUACCACCCCGCACCCUCCUACCACGCCCCCUCUCCCUCCUACCACGCCCCUCCUCCCUCCUACCCACCACCCACUUCCUAUCCAUCUCCCCCACCCCACCCACACCAAUAA